GUUCAAAGCUGAGAACUUCCACGUGACGGAAUUUAGCCAUGAGCACUGCAGACCUACGGACUCAGGCAGCUCGCUACAAGAGUUGAGUGUUCAGUCUAUUCAACUGCCGUGCUAAAGUUGUUAUCGUUAUGUACAACUUUUCGCUGUUAUCCUGACUUUUAAUCAUCGAAAAGUUUGACCUUUCUUUUGUUUCCCUCUGCCAUCAAUUUAAGUUUCUUCGUGUUGGAAAAGUUUGUGUUUUAUUGUUUUUUAAAUGGAGCGAAAGAAGCCGGCGAAUCUUUACUGCUGUUGGACCUUUCUUCUCGCUUGGUGCUGUAGUCUCACUGACUGUUACAAUUUGGAUGUAGACCAUCCGGUUAGUUUCAGUGGCCCAAAUGGAUCUUUAUUUGGAUAUUCUGUGUUGUUACAUAAGAACAAGCAACACACAUGGUUAAUAGUCGGAGCUCCAGUUGCGAAUUCAACAUUCGAUCCAACCCUUAUAAAACCAGGAGCAAUUUAUAAGUGCAACUUCUCAGGCAAUAGAGAAUGUCAGCAAAUAUCAACGGGUGUGGACAGUUGUGGGAAGACUUGCUUCUCUGAAAGUGACAACCAGUGGCUCGGAGUCAGCCUGUCUAGACAGCCUAGUGAUGGCCAUGUAUUGGCAUGUGGGCAUCGUUGGAAGAACGUGUUCUAUUCCAGGAAAGACAACCAGAACAAGCUGCCUCAUGGUGUCUGCUACAGAUACGAAGCUGACCUCAAACAGUCUCAACCACUUAUCCCAUGCUAUAAAGAUCAUCAACGGAAGUUUGGUGAAGACUACGGAUCAUGCCAAGCAGGAAUAUCCAACUUUCUGAAUGAGGACUUGAUAAUAAUGGGAGCCCCUGGGACAUCGUACUGGACUGGGUCUGUUCUGGUCUACAACACCUCCAGUAUGGUCCUGUCUGCCUAUGUGGAUGAUGACAGCACUGUACUCUAUGGCAGUUAUCUGGGCUACUCGGUUGGCGCCGGCCACUUCCUUCACCCUGACUCCACAGAGAUCGUUGGAGGUGCACCCCAGCACAGGCAGACUGGUAAAGCCUACCUAUUCAGAGCUGAAGAAAACAUGCUGAAGAUCAUCAGUGAAGUCAAGGGAAGCAAGCUGGGCUCGUAUUUUGGUGCCAGUGUGUGUGCCGUGGACCUGAAUGGAGAUGGCCUGUCUGAUCUACUGGUAGGAGCUCCCAUGUACAGCACCACGAGAGAGGAGGGACGAGUCCAUGUCUACAUCAACCAAGGAGCUGCUAAUAUGAAGGAAGCAGAGUUUCAGUUGGCUGGAAGCAAAUCGUAUGCUGCAAGAUUUGGGGAGACCAUAACCGAUCUGGGAGAUAUUGAUGACGAUGGCUUUCCUGAUGUGGCGGUGGGGGCUCCGCAGGAGGAAGAGCUGCGUGGGGCUAUAUAUAUCUACAAUGGGAGGAAGACAGGGAUCUCUCAGACCUACUCUCAAAGGAUCACCGGGUCUCUUCUGGGUAAUGAGUUAAAGAUGUUCGGCCAGUCUGUUUCCGGAGGCAUCGAUGUUGACGGAAACGGUUACCAAGACGUUGCGGUAGGGGCCUUCCUCUCGGACUCCGCUGUGGUUCUGAGGACACGUCCGGUGGUAGUGGUUGAGGCCUCCAUGACCCUGCCUGUCAGUGUGAACCGCUCUGUAGCUCUGUGUUCUGACAAUGGUCUUCCUGCUGUCUGCAUCAACGUGACAGUCUGCUUCAGGGUCCGCGCUCGACGCUACAACGGACUCAUAGAACUGCAGUAUAACCUGACAGCCGACACUCACCACAAGGAGUCUUUCCCCUCCCGCUUCCAUUUCCACCGCAACGGGACGUCCAACGUUACGACAGGGCAAGUCAAGGCCAGACACGACCAGCUGACCUGCAUCACCCACCAGGCCUUCAUGAGGAAAGAUGUCCGGGAUAUCUUCACGCCCAUCCAUUUUGAGGCGACGUACGCCCUCAGACAGCACCCUGUCCAUACCUGGGGAUUCAGAAUAUUCCCAGCCCUGAAACCCAUCCUGCAGCAGAGAGGGGGGCACAGCAACCUGGUAGCCAAUAAGACUGAGUUUGCUCGGUACUGUUCAUUGGCCAACUGUUCAACCAAUCUGCAGGUCUCUGCAUACCUGGUCUUACCACAGAAACACAACAACAUACAGUACUUUGCAUUGGGUAAUGGAAAGACCAUCAUGUUGAACACAACCCUGGUGAACGCUGGAGAUGAUGCCUUCCUCCCCAGGCUCCAGUUACGCUUCCCAUCCAACCUGCACUACAUCAAAGUCCUUGAUGCAAAGGAGAAGUAUGUGAGCUGUGACAUUUCAGAGGAGAACAAGACAAUAGUAGGAAUGGACUGUAGUGUUGGGAACCUGUACUUCAGCUCUGGAGCCAAGGUGAACAUCAGCUUUCUGUUGGAUGUAAACCAGAGUAGCAGUGCUGGUGACAUUAGCAUAUCCAUCAACACUUUUGGAGACAAUUCUGAAAAUGAGGAUCUUCUGCAUGACAACUCAGCCACUCUGAUGUUACCGUUGAGAUAUGGCGUGGAUGUCAGUGUCCAUGGGUUUGUGACUCCAACAUCCUUUGUAUUUGGUGACCAGGAGCCUACUCCAGUUGAUUGCUACACAGAGACAUUCAACUACACUUACAAGGUUGUCAAUAUCGGUCCAAGCAAGUCUCUCAACACGGAAGUUGAGAUUGAUAUUCCCAAGAUACUAUCACCAUAUCCAUACAGAUUACUCCACAUUGCAGAUUUUCAGACCUCUCUUGGAGAAUGCUCAAUUAAAAACGGCUCCAUCACAGUAGAAGAUGAUUGUGGGGUGCCACGUUCGUCUUUAAUCAAGGAACUGGUCUUCUUCUUCUCCAAAACCAGCAAACGCAAAAUGUUCUGUGCUCACGGAGACGACCUGUGCCUGACUCUGGUGUGUAGACUAGGAGACAUGGACAUUGGGAAAGAAGCCACCAUUCAGAUGGAAGUGAAGCUCAACCCCACUGUUCUACAGCUCACACCGGGUCGUCAUGGAGUGAUGCUGAUAGAGAGUACUGGCAUCAUCACAUCACCAAGGGAGGACCCUCACACCAUCCUAUUACAGCAGACCCCUAUUGCUCAGGUUGUGUUGGAGGCCCACUUCAACCAGAAGCCUCAGGCAGCAGUGGAGGGGUUCAUCAUUGUAGGGAGUCUACUGGUGGGACUCCUGAUCCUGGCCCUGCUCAUCUUCGCCCUCUGGAAGGCUGGUUUCUUCAAGAGGCAGUUUAAGAAGGAGAUCAGGAGGGAUAGCUGGGACUAUGUACCAAAGAGUGAGAAGACUGAGAGUAUAUCCUAAGAGUGUACUAAUACAGAAUGGUUCUAUACGACAACAUGAACUAACUUGCUGGGGAACAGCUUCUCUACUAAAAGGCCCAUUUUGAUUGAGAUCAUUCAAACCCAAGGGAAAGAACUGCAGGACAAUUCAAACAUUUGUGGCUCAAAAUCUAGGAAUCAACUAAAUGCUGUAAUUUCUCUAAAACAUGCAAGAGGAAAAACUUUUGCACUUUACCUCUGGGCUUGUUGCAGUGAGAGUAUAGAACAUGGGCUUGUUGCAGUGAGAGUAUAGAAUAUGGACUUGUUGCAGUGAGAGUAUAGAACAUGGGCUUGUUGCAGUGAGAGUAUAGAAUAUGGACUUGUUGCAGUGAGAGUAUAGAACAUGGGAUUGUUGCAGUGAGAGUAUAGAACAUUGGCUUGUUGCAGUGAGAGUAUAGAACAUUGGCUUGUUGCAGUGAGAGUAUAGAACAUGGGCUUGUUGCAGUGAGAGUAUAGAACAUGGGCUUGUUGCAGUGAGAGUAUAGAACAUGGGCUUGUUGCAGUGAGAGUAUAGAACAUGGGCUUGUUGCAGUGAGAGUAUAGAACAUGGGCUUGUUGCAGUGAGAGUAUAGAACAUUGGCUUGUUGCAGUGAGAGUAUAGAACAUGGGCUUGUUGCAGUGAGAGUAUAGAACAUUGGCUUGUUGCAGUGAGAGUAUAGAACAUGGGCUUGUUGCAGUGAGAGUAUAGAACAUGGGCUUGUUGCAGUGAGAGUAUAGAACAUGGGCUUGUUGCAGUGAGAGUAUAGAACAUUGGACUGCGUACGUGGAAUAUACAUUAGAACAUGGACUAUGUGACCUCACAAGAACAGGCCUAUCAUUCCUGUUUUAAUCCCCACCAAGAACUCAGGAUAUGAAGCCGAACAUUCCAUGGUCUUGUUCAAUAUGCAAGAAACAGAAGAAAACGCUUCAAAACAGAGUGUGAAACAGGGGGGCACUUUCUGUGCCUGUCCAUUAAUUAAGAACCAACCGUUCAUUUUACAUUGCAAAACAUUCUCCCAUACCUGACUACUUGGAUUCGGUCGCACAUAUUUAUUGUGUCUGCUGUACAAAACAUGUAUGAAUGCACUGCUGAAUCUUUUCUCUAUGGAUAGGAAGUCUAUUUGUAUACAAUGAUAUAUACACAUCUAUAUGCCAAAUCUAUCCUCAUUAGGUGUGUAUAUACUGUGUAUAUAGAUAUAUCAGGAGGACCUUUCUUUCGCAUCCUUUUGAAACAACAUUUCCUUUUGUAUCUUCAUGCUAUGGGUAGGGAGGGGAAACAGCCUUAAACUGUCACAAAGUCACACAUUUAUUGUGAAACUAGUGUCACUAGUGAUAAACCAUCAGAUUGAAAGAAGGAACAUUUGUUCUGGUUGAUCUGGGAGACCCAGCGAAAGCCUCUGCCGAGCCGUACAGCCUAAACCCAUGUUUCAUAGAAAUUAAUAGGAGCAUCUCACACUCUGCAAAAGUUACGUGUCCAGUGUAGCAGACCAGUAAGACCAGUACCUGCACAGGUGUUAAUUCUUCAAUUUGUAUUUUUGCUCAGCAGCUUAUGGAGUGAAUGGGACAGAAGGUUUAAUUGUUAUAAUAUAGAACUGAAGGUAACAGAAGGAUGAGGAGGUCAGGGAAGUGUCAUCAGUGAACAAAGGCGUCUGUUCACUGACUCACUCACUGAAUGACACAUACCACUCCUCAAGGGGACAGCACCCUGUGUGUGUGUGUGUGCAUACGUGCGUUUGCAUGUAUGCAUUUUAGUGUGUGCGUACGACAGCAACUCAUACACCAGCAACUCCUACACCAUGGCAGCAGAAGUUUCCAACACAGUCAGAAAUGAAAAAUGAAAGAGCUUGUUCUUCAGAAAUGACUCAAACGUUCGUCAAAUGGAACACACUGAACACUGGCCUUACCUUUUGGAACAUUUUCAUCCCUUUGGAUUCAAUGGAUUCUGUGUUCUUACUGUAGCUGUAAGGGAUUGGAACAUUCAGCUUUUGGAGAGAUGGUAGGCUGCAUGUGGAAGAGUAACAUGUUUUUACUGUUUGAAUUUUCAGGGAGUCAAUCUUUCAUGACCAAGUUGUCAGUUUUUACAAAAAUAAAGGGGGCACAUUCCACAUUUCUAUAAAUGUUUUAUUUUUAAUAAAUACGUGUGUGGCGUGUAAAAAUGGACAGAUAACAUUUUGUUUGUCAACACAUUUCACUUUGGUCUGAUAAUUGAUGUAAUCGUGCACUGGAAUGUAUUAUUAUGUUGUCUUUGCUUUAAUAUAAAUCAACCUUUUCUAUUUAA